CAUGCAUUCCCCCUAUUCUGCGGGCCCACCACCAAACGAGCGUUUGGUUGCCCGUAAUGCUAUUACGGCCCGAUUCAGUUACGGGGAUAUUACCUCCAUUGGCUGUAAUAGCCAUUCCCUGCCUCAAACUCUGAUUAGGGAUUCCUUCCCUAUUCUUUUUUUCUAUUCCAUUCUCUACCCUCAUCAAGCUUUCAUUCCAUCGAUUCUCCCAGGUUUCCCUUCCAGAGGAUAAAUCAGUGAAGUUAAUCUCAUGUUGAAGAUCUUCAAGAAGAAAACAUCUCCCAAAGAUGCUUUGCGGACGAGCAAGUGAGAAAUGGUGGUUGCAACACGAGAGAUUUGGAUUCGGUGUGCCCUUGUUCAUUGACAACUCCAAACAUCUACGUCAGAUAAAAUGGGGUCUGUGGGUUGUUCACAGGCUAGUGCUGAUUGCUAUUUAUGGCUCCGUACUGUUUAUGUAUCAUUCCAAGUGGAGAGAAAGGCUUUGGGUUUUGGUAAAUACAAGCUUGUUGUCAAUUUAUAAUCCAAAUAUUAUUUAUAUUAGUAUAUUAUGUUCCUUUUCAAACGUUUUUCUAAAGAGGUGUACAAAACACAUUUACAAGUUGUACAUCGCCACAAUCGUUUGCUACCAUGCCUUUUACCUUCCUUUUCUGUAUAUUACUUUUCUAGCAGAUUUUUUUGAGGAGGAAGACGUGCAUUUAGAGAAUGUGUACUACUCAGAGAUGAAAGAUGAUGGUUUCUUUGAUGCUGACUGGGAGUAAGCAUCGAAUGAACUUUGAAUUAGUAGCUUCUCUAUACAGAAAGCUUUGUAAAUAUAAAGUGCAGUUCAGAUUGUAAAAUAUCUGCUCAAACGGAUGAUGGAUCUAUGUCUCAAUAUACCGAUAUUGCUGUGGGAACAAAUCUAAUAAUGUAGAAUGUGCUUUACCUAGAGCUUCUUCCUAAAGAUCAGUUAGUCCUUGAUUUUUUUUUUCAGUAUGUACUAUGUGUUAUCAAGUAGAUUUGGAGUUUGAAUAUCUACAUCUAAAUUAUUUUCAUUUCCAAGCAGAGAUCUUUUCUGUUCAAUUUUCUUGUAACAAAAUAAAUAGUAUCAUUGUGUUUGUUAUUGUAGAAUUCCAAGAGUCUUGUACUGAUAGAAUUUGAUGGAGUUUGAAUGGCUCACAGGUUUGAUGGAGUUUAUUUUU